CCCACAUAUACUUUAAAUACGACGGCAUAUAACAAAUAUUUAAAUUAUUUGCAUGAAAAGCAUACGCAAAUCAGGUCAGCGUCGAUGUACAAAAAGCGAAAACCUCUUUUAAAAUUGAUGGUCAAAAAUUGAGUUGGCAUUAAUUUGCAUAAAUUUCACAUUCGCACGACACAUGAUCGCAUAUACAGUAAACUCAGCAAUACAAGGGGUUUACACUGUAACAAUUGCCACCUACCCUGGGCAUUGUUGAAUUUGAAUAUCACUUUAAACAGCCGAUUAAAUGGAAUGCAGUUUCAGCUUUCUUUAACAAUUCUUUUUCGAAUUGUUAAUAAAUCUUCGCGUCAAUGUGGAAAGACAACUAACAAAAAAAGCACACCAGAGGCAAACACAAACAUAAGGACUAACUACAUUCGGCAUGCCGACGUUGGUAUACCCUUGCCGUGUCUAUAUGAAGACCACGUAUGUAUGUGACUGCCUACAUAAGACUGCUUGGACUCUGACAAACAGCAAACAUCAUUAUAAUGGCUCUAUACAAUACAAGAGGAUAUUUGUGUGCAUAAGAAUUGUGAAAAUGCUCUUAAAAAAAGGUCUGAAAGUUCUGAAAGAGUUAAAAAAAGAGCAUUACGUAUACGCAAGCAUUCCGACCAACAACCAACCAGUGGUUGAUGAUGGCUUCCAGCAUCAUCUGAGUUUGUUUAUUGUUGACAUUGAAAAAUAUGGUACAAGAGAGAGCUAGAAAGAAGAGACGUAAAUAGAUGGAUGAAGAGACACAUAGACGGAGAGCGAGAGAGAGAGAGAAGGAGAAGAGAAAUGGCAAUGAGAGGACAAUAACAAAAUGAAUGACAUUAACAUAUAUUUGAAAGCUUUUCAUGCCGCCUGCCUGCCUCCAAUUUGCCUUUUUGGACCAAACGCACAUGAAGAACUUUCGCCUGGCCGCAGUUGUGUUUGUAUUGUUUACGGGUGAAAAACGUGCGUCCUUGCCCAGACGCAGAAGCCAGUGGAAAGAAAGAUCUCAAAGAUUUGUCCACUCUGACUGAAACCAAAAAAAAAGGACAAUUCAUAAUACCAGCAACAAUGAAAUUUGCCGAGCAUUUAACGGCGCACAUAACGCCCGAGUGGCGUAAGCAAUACAUAAACUAUGAGGAAAUGAAAGCCAUGCUGUAUGCAGCCAUCGAACAAUCACCAUCCGCCGAAUUAGUUGAUCGUGAGAUGUUAACACGAUAUUUUGCCAAAUUUGACGAGGAAUUCUUCCAUUAUUGCGAUAAGGAAUUGGCCAAAAUAAAUACUUUCUACUCGGAGAAGAUGGCAGAAGCAACACGUAAAUAUGGUUCGUUGCGUAGUGAGCUAACCGAAGCAUUGGAAUUGGGGCAUUUAAAGAAACAACCGGCCUGGAAACGUCGCACGCCAUUGGGCAAGAAAAAUGUGCCGGCACGUAAAAUUCAGGAUCUCAAAUUGGCAUUUAGUGAAUUCUAUUUGGGUCUCAUAUUGCUGCAAAACUAUCAGAAUCUAAAUUUCACCGGUUUUCGCAAGAUACUCAAGAAACACGAUAAAUUAUUGAGUGUCGACUAUGGGGCACGUUGGCGCACCGAUCAUGUAGAAGCAGCACAUUUCUAUACCAACAAAGAUAUCGAUCGUUUGAUCCAAGAGACCGAACAGGCUGUUACCCAAGACAUCGAGGGCGGUGAUAGGCAAAGAGCCAUGAAGAGAUUGCGAGUACCACCGCUGGGCGAACAACAGAGUCCAUGGACCACAUUCAAAGUUGGUCUCUUUUCGGGGGCAUUCGUUGUGCUCUUCAUCACGGUGAUUAUAGCCGCUAUGUUCUAUGGAUUCGGUGAAAAUUGGCGUGUUGGUAUGCGCAUGUUUCGUGCACCAUUUUUACUUAUCGAAUGCCUUUUCCUUUGGGGCGUCAAUGUCUACGGUUGGCGGUCAUCGGGUGUGAAUCAUGUGUUAAUCUUCGAACUAGAUCCGCGUAAUCAUCUGUCUGAGCAGAACAUUAUGGAAAUUGCAUCGGUGUUUGGUGUCAUAUGGGCUUGCUGUGUGCUAAGCUAUAUCUUUUGUGAUCCCCUGGGCAUACCUCAAUAUGCAGCCCCAUUGUUUCUAUAUACCCUGAUGGCGGCCUUCUUACUUAAUCCAACCAAAACGUUCCAUCAUGAGGCCAGAUAUUGGGCAAUACGUGUUGUGAGUCGUGUAUUAAUGGCUCCAUUUUGUUUUGUUAAUUUUGCUGAUUUCUGGUUAGCUGACCAAUUGAAUAGCAUGGUUCCGGCAUUUUUGGACAUACCGUUUCUGAUAUGUUUCUUUGGACGAAAUCCCACAUGGCAUAAGGCUGGCAAAGCUGGCAAUCAUUGUGUGGAAUAUGUAUCCUUAUUGCAUCCCAUUGUGGCCAUUAUGCCUGCCUAUUUUCGUUUCGCACAAUGCAUACGGCGAUAUCGUGAUACAAAGGAAGCCUUUCCGCAUCUGGUGAAUGCGGCAAAAUAUGCUACAUCAUUUUUUGUGGUCAUAUUUGCGCAUAAGUAUCAUACAACAACGGAAACGUAUCCACUAUCCAAAGAGAAUCCAUGGUUCUAUUGCUGGAUUACAGCAGCCAUUUUCUCAUCCUGUUAUGCAUACACUUGGGAUAUCAAAAUGGACUGGGGUCUAUUCGAUUCGAAGGCGGGCGACAAUCGAUUCUUGCGUGAGGAAAUCGUUUAUUCAUCGACGUGGUUCUACUAUUUCGGCAUAAUUGAGGAUUUAAUUUUGCGCUUUAGUUGGACUCUAUCCAUGAGUCUAAUUGAGGCUGGCUACAUUGAAGGAGAUGUCAUGAUGACCAUUUUAAGUCCCUUGGAGGUUUUUCGCCGUUUCAUUUGGAAUUAUUUUCGUUUAGAGAAUGAGCAUUUAAAUAAUGUAGGUAAAUUUAGGGCAGUACGUGAUAUAUCUGUUGCCCCAAUGGAUUGUUCAGAUCAGACAACAAUUCUACGAAUGAUGGACGAAACGGAUGGGGUGAUAAAUCGACGACGUGGCAAAGCCGCUGGCGGCAAAUCGGCCACAAAGAAAAAUAACAAUAAGCAGGAGCAACAAUUGCAGCGUUUGCUACUUCAGGGUGAAUCCAUAGAGGAUCUAUGCGGGUAGCUGAUGUGGAUAUUUGAUAAAUAUCCAUACCCAUAUAAGGAGCACAUAAAAACGAAGAGUCCAUAUUAAUUAAAAUAAUAGUUAAACAACAAACACUAAACUAAAAUUGUUAUACAUACGUUGAAUAAACAAAUGA